CACACUAUAGUACUUCAUAUAUUGCAUUCAAAAUGCAAGUCGUGUUCUAAAUAUUGAUAAAAGAAAUACAAUGCUAUGACGUUUCACUUCUACAUUGACACACGGCCAUUUUCCAUAGAUAAGACAGAAAUAUUUUGGUUCAGUGUAUUCAACGUUGUCGUAAUGGCUUCAUGGACAGCAUUGUGGUAUCUCAUUGGAUUUCUUGGUACCACGACCAAUGGCGCCUUACCUCCAGGGUGCACACCCCUGGAGGAACAUCCGUUAGACUCUGCUGACCCAGGAAGUAUUUUUGGAAGAACUAUGGAGGUAGGCAGUAAAGCUGCUCCACAUAGAACAGGAAAUCUUCGACAACGAGGACCAAUACCAACACAUCAUUUUGCUGCCAACGAAAUCAAAAGUGCUGAACCCAUCCCAAUGAGGCUAUUUCCGUAUGAAGCAAUCAUGACAUCCUCCGGUAUCGUAUACGACGCCUACACGAUGGACAGGUGGACGGAUCCAGAACGUACGGAUCUCAUGAUGCAACAAUCCGCAUGGCAGUCCGGCAAGCCAUGGAACAAAUUGACGGAUAUGGGAACCAACAUGCGACAAGUUGUUAGCGGACCAGACGGGAAUCCUGGAGGGGUGUUUUCGGGAAAGUCUGGUGUCAGAGUAGGAAUUUCCGGAAGCUCAGAUCCAGUCAUGACGGAUUUCGGAGACUUGUAUGCCAACUUCGACUACCAUGGGAAUGGAGGAAAAAUGGAGGUACCUUUGGUGCGUGGUUCGGCUCUGUUGACCCAUCUUUUCACUAACGCUAAUCCUGUCGUUACGCCAUUUUGUUUGGCCGACUUUGCUGGACAUCACGUUAAUUUCAAAUGUCCAAUGGAACGAACAAUAUUGGACGCUGGGAGUGGACAUGCUACCGCCACCUGUUCCGGUGGAGUCCUGCGUCUUAAAUUACGUAAUACAAAACGAAUCAAAGAUAUCACAAAGAUACAAUAUGCUGCCCGAUCCAAGACCCGGUGGACCGCUGGAGACCACCCAAUGAACGGCUGUGAUAUGAACCGGUGCCGACUUUCUGAUGGAGGAACGACCGUGGAAGUGGAUGUUCCGAAUUCCCAUGGUGUGAUGGCAUUUGCCUUUAACUACGUUGGACAUUACGUCACGCCUUGGGAUUGGAUAAAUCACCCAGAAGAAGUUACAUGUCACAGUCGACGUAGUGAAAAACGAGGCGUGGGUGAAAUAGCGUUACAUGCAUCGUGUGACUCCAGUAGAAAUCUUCAGAUUGACAUUGAUAUUGGUCACAAUAGUAUCCAAGGUACAAGCAAGAUUCAGUACGCCGUUGAGCCUGAGAACACCUGGGGAAAUCCCCCUGCCAUGCAUAACUGUAAUCCCAGCGUGUGUACCCACAGUGGAAACACCAUCACUCUCAGACUAAAGGCUCCGGCUCAGAGUAUCAAACUGGCAAUAAAUGUAAUCGGUUAUAUAACACUUCCGCACCAGCACUGGAUAGAUAGACCGUACAGAAUGGUCUGUGGCGGACCGGAUAUAGGAUCCACAGCUUCAGGUGGAGGUCACGUGACUCCAGCUCCUACCCUACAAUCCCUCACCACACCACCUCCGUAUCAUACACAAACAAUCCGAACAACUGCUUCCUCCAAACCUCUAACACGGGGGUCAAAAUUCAUCAUGGAACUUAAUGAACCUGGUGACGAAUUACCAAAUCAGACAAGAAAAUUCCUGUUGUAUUUCCAAAGUCCAGUUACCCCUAACAUCAACAGCGCUGACAAUACAAUAACUUUCACUCCUACCAGCGGCGGCACGUACUCCGGGUUCAUGCAACUGGCAUAUCUAGGUGCAGGUCCGAGGGGAGAUCGCUCCAAUGAUACAGUUCUCGACAAAUACCUCGGCGUCUAUUCCUACAAGCCUAAGGCGUCAUAUUGUGUUCAGAACGAUCGUCGAGCCUACGCGAGUUUUGACUGGAAUCCUAACAACCAAUACGCUUAUCAGACCACAGGAACACUCCUUAUGAUUACAAUGCCACACCAUGCCUUCAUCUUAAAAGAGCAUUUUGCUGCUAACUUGAGGUCUACGGUAUAUACGUUUAAGGGUUUUGAGGGAGCUAGUUGGCUACUAGAUAUGGAGGCCCCGCGUGCCUCUAUGGAACCCGAUCCUGCUGGUGUUCAGGCCAUAAAGACCAACCAUCAACAUCUACAGGACGUACUACAGGCGAUUGAGAGAGACGCUUCUCAGGCCAAUCUGGAGGCGUACUGUUCCUCCUCCGACAGUUACGGUGUUGGGAAGGGAAUCGGCAUGCACGCACGACUGGCUAGCAUUUCACGUGCAUUUGGUACUCAUCAUUAUCAGACGUUGGAUGGUAAAAUUAGACACUGUCUGGAAAAGUGGCUGCGCAUAGAUGACACUCUCCCAGGGAGAAACAGAUUCCACUACGACACGGUGUGGGGUGGUCUGUUCCUCCGGGGAGAGGAUGGCGAGGCUCAUUUCUACACUGACUACGGCUUCCCCUUCUACAACGACCACCAUUUCCAUCUUGGAUACUUCCUGUAUGCCCUCGCUUACUAUGUACGUCAUGACAAGACCUGGGCCCAGCAGCACCGGGCCAGAAUAUAUGCCCUAGCACGAGAUGUCGGUAACCCUAGUUACAAAGACAAAUUCUUUCCCGUGGUUCGUCACAAGGACAUUUACAUGGGCAUAUCGUGGGCAUCGGGCUUGGCACCGGGGGAGCGGCAAGAGGAAUCGUCGUCUGAGUCCUUGAACUGUUACCACGCUUUGGCGGCCCUUGGAGACGCGCUGGACGAUCCCAUUCUGCGCGGAACAGGGCAAGUGAUGCUGGCUUUAGAGAUCGCCUCCGUCCGCGAGUACUAUCACGUGCGUGACCACAAUUUCAACCAGUUCCCGCCAAUUCUACAGAAGUUUGGCGUUGUUGGUCAGAUAGCGGAGGACAGCUUCUACGUGUACACUCUGGACUGGGGAUGUGACCCUAACGUGUUUCCCAUGAGACAUGGCUGUCUGGUCGGUAUUCAAAUCAUCCCUAUCACCGCAGUAUCCAAGUAUUGGAUGGACCAGGACUGGGCUAAACACAUUCUGAAGACUUGUGAUUGGGCAAUCAAUCCGUCACAUGCGACUGAUUAUCACCUAGCCAACCCUAGCGACCUUCGCGACCUUGGAACCGGUUGGAAGGCCUUCUGUUACGCUGGUCUUGCACCACUUGAUGAAUCUCACAAAACCGCCGCGGCCAACUUCCUUAAAGACAAAUACCCACGUGACCUGGUAUCUGGAACUGGUGCAGCUAGCACUCUGCUUUUUAUAUACGAAAGGACAUGAUGGUUUCCACCCUUUAAAGAUACAACCUUGUAUAAAGAAAAAUUAGCAUACAAUACAUAUAUGAAUUUUACUAGCAUAUGUCGGAAUAGAACAUUUUAAGACUUACAAAACUCUUAACUGUUUGUUUUUUUUGUUUGUUUUUAAUUUGGUUGCGCAAUUCUAUUAAUAUACUCUUGAGAUGUAAUUUUAUCAGAAUCUGUUAUUUAUGAAAAUUGUAGAGAUAUUUGUAAUUGGAAUGAAUUAUUUUAGUCAGAUGUACCAUAUACCCUUAAACUAGAACGUGUAAAAUAUUCACAAUCUAUUUAUAAUAAAAUAAUUUUGACAUA